GGUAGCGUUAAAAGUCGUAAAGGAGAGAACAAUAGAAUGAGCGAUCGAUAAUUUUGUUUACACGGCGUUUGAUGUUAAAAACUGUUAAAUUUGAACAUGUCUGGGAAAAGGAAAGCUGAAGAUGUUGGUGAAGAAUCUGAUAGAAAGCAACAUAAGAUUGAUAAAAAAGAAGGAAUUGAAGAUACCAAUGUGGAGGAAGAAGAAAACGGCGAGACAGAGUCUCCUCUUUCUUCAGCGAACAAUGACAAUGAGAACGGAAGUCAGGAUGGAUUUGCUUCAGCCGGUACUUGUGACAAAAAAGACGUCAGAGAUGUGAGAGUUAAAGGCCCAGAUGACUGUGGAAUGUUCCUGAUAUGUGGUGGGACUAAUUGGGAUCUCACAGGCCGGAAGAAUGUUCCAAAAGGUACAAAAGGAGCAACUGGGCGCAAUCUGUGGUCCCCACACCGUUUUAUGCCAUUGAAUGGUGUGAGGGUAAGACUUGUGGCAUCAGGGAGCAGUAGUGUUCACAGUAUUAUUGUCACAGAGGAAGGGAAGGCUAUGAGUUUAGGUCGUAAUGAAAAGGGACAACUUGGCGUUGGUGACACAAAGCGCCGAGAUGUUCCAACUGUUAUCGAGGCUUUGAAAGAUCAUAAUAUUGUUGGAGCGGCAUGUGGGAAGAAUCACACUUUAAUCCUGACAGAUCUUGGUGUUGUGUUUGGAUGUGGAGACAACAAAUUUGGGCAGUGUGGUGUCGGGAACCAGAACCCAACCAUACUUACUGCUACUGCGAUCAGCUACAAAGGUCCUCCAAUAGUGAAACUGGGCUGUGGGGCAGAGUUCAGUAUGAUCCUUGACUGCAAGGGUGCAUUGCAUUCAUUUGGGUUGCCUGAAUAUGGACAGCUUGGUCACAAUACAGACGGGAAGUACUUUGUUACAUGCAAUAAACUUGGUUUUCACUGUGAAACAGCUCCAAAACGCAUUGUAUUCUACAUUGAGAAGGCAAAAGAUGGUCAUAUCACCCCUGUGGAGGUGGUGGAGAUUAUAGAUUUCUCCUGUGGAUCGAACCACACAGUUGCAGUAGACUCACACAAGAGAGUAUUUUCAUGGGGUUGGGGAGGUCUUGGUCGCCUUGGUCAUGCAGAACAGAAGGAUGAGAUGAUUCCACGACUGAUAAAAUUCUUUGACACUCAGUCACGUGGAGUCAAGUCUGUCCAUUGUGGUAGUUCAUUCAGCCUUGCCAUCAAUGAACUAGGUGCUGUGUACUUGUUUGGUCAGACCAAACGUACUGGUGAGGCCAACAUGUAUCCCAAACCUAUCCAGGACUUGACAGGAUGGGCAGUUCGCAGCGUGGGCUGUGGAUUCACCAGCAUUGUGAUGGCAGCUGAUGACAGUGUUAUUGCUUGGGGACCUAGCCCUACAUAUGGUGAACUGGGUUUUGGAGAGUUGCACAAGUCAUCAACAACUCCCAUGGAAGUGAAGGCACUUGAAGGUAUUUACAUAUUGCAGGUCUCCUGUGGUUUAGGACACACCUUGCUUAUAGCCAGGGACCAGUCAGAGCAAGACAAAGCCAAACUGAUGAAAUUGCCAGAAUUCACGCCAUGAGAGAUGACACUUCUCAUCAAUAUGAUAUACUGUAUACAGGAAACUCUGCCAUUGAUGGAUUUUAUGCCUUCAUAUGUGGAAGGAAUGAGACUUUCAUGUAGAGAUAAGGAUUCAGGAUUUAUGUGGAAGUGGAAGUGUAGAAGGGUGAACUCUGUGUAUGAUUAGAUGUUUUGAACAUGCCUUUAAUUUAAGAGUGAAUUGCUAUAUUUACCUGAAUAUAGAUAUAUUUAUGGUUUAAUGAAGGUACUAGCUUGUAUUGAUUUGCUCUGUUUUGUGUGAAUAUUCUAAAGAUCUGAAGGGAGAUGGAUAAUCUCAACUUUCUUGCCAGUUUCCAUAAGCUCUGAUUCACAGUUAUGGCCUUAGAUCGUGUCAGGUUAAACGUUAAUGUAGGAAUAAUGCUCUAUUUGCAACUUAGUUUGUCUUAGAAUUUUUAUUGUUUUAAAUAGUAUUUUAAGUCAAGCAUAUAGGCCUGUCCUCAGCCUAGACAAACCUCUGCCUAUUUUAUUAAGUAUUACAGCCACAAACUGUAUUCAGUAUUUGUUCAUUUUAGUCUUUAUACAUUAUACAUAUACUUUGUAUAAUACAGUUUCAUAAUUGUGUAUAGUAUUAGAUUCUAAAUUCUUAAACAGAAAUAUCAGAAGGCUGAUAAGGAGAACUAACACAGAUUUUCCUGACCUACAUGUAGGUAUACUAUAGUAAAAUUAUGUAGAAAACAGUGUUCUCAGAGAUCAUUCCUGUCAUAUUUCAUUUGAAAUUAAAUUCAGACGUGUUGCUAGUCCUCGUAUGGUCACAGUUAAAAGACAUUAAUAGCCAGUAAUAUGCAGUUGAACUGAGGUACAGUCAUCUAUAGUAGCUAGUGGAGAAAGGCCUGUACUACAUGAAUUUGUGUACAUUGUUGUGCCUUAGCAGUGUUUCAGAGUAGAAAUGAGGUUUCUACAUUGACUGAACAAGGUUUCCAUUUAUUUAGAAAAAUCUUGUCCUUUCUGGAAGUUGAAGCCCAGUCACUGUACCAAGCUAUUCUUGCUUACGUCAGGAUGUACAUCUAUCACAUUUUGUCAGAAUCUUAUAAUAUACAGUGAACAUUUAUUCACAUCUAGAAUGUCUGAAUUGUAUUGGACUUACGUACUGCUAACAGUUUUUACUUGACGCUGCUAGAAUUAAAUUUUGGAGGAAUUCAUUCACUGAGAGUAUAAUUCUUUCAUCUGUACAGAUUGCCAUCAAUGAUAGGCAGUGUUUUCAGUAUUUAAUAUCAAAGUGAACCCGGUGAACAAUAGCAUGUCUAGUCUGUGCCACUUUUUUAAUAAGUGAACCAUGAAAACUGGUCUGUGAAUUUAAAAGUGAUGUGUAAAUUGUGCUAUAUACAAGUUCAACAAACUUUGCCUUCUGGGCAGAUAUGGUAUAUAAGUGUACCAUCUAAAUUAGCAGGUAAAUUGUCAUCAUCUUGGAGUUUUCCAUUCUUGUAUUUCAUAACAGUCAAUUGUUACAGCCCUUUAAAAUUCUUUCCUGCCAUCAUUUGUAAAUUGUAACUGCCCUGUAUAUUGAAACCCCCAUUAAGUGUUCCCUCAACGAACAGGAUUUGAACACUAAACUGAAAAAUCUUAAAUGGAGGUAGCUUAGCACUGAGAUUAUUGAUUUGGGGUCACAGAAAUUGAACAGUAAAUGGGGCAAAAUCUUAAAAUGGGAGACAUUAAAUAGGGGUUUUGCUCUAGUUGGUCUUCUUCUAAAACUUCCAUUUGGUGUGCAGUGCAUUAGUUCUUUUGGUUGCAUGUGUUGUUUUAUUGUCUUUGUCCAUAACACUGCAGAAUUUUAUUUUCUGUCCGUUGCACAAAUUUAAUUUCCUCCUUUUUAUAGAACAGUUAAUUCAUUGUAUGGGUGAAAGCUCUGGAAAAAAAAAAGCUGGGCAGCAUGUGCUGUUUCUACUCAUUCCUUGUAUGUUAAGAUGCUUUUGCAUUAAUAUUCUAGUCUGUAAAAGUUCUGGAGUCUGAAAUCUUUUAUUCUGUUUCCCACUUCAUAAUGGUGACACUAAAUUAAGAACAUGUUAUACUGUGUUCCUCUUAUGAUUGGCAGAUGAAGUUGCAUGGGGCAUUAUGGUUAAGUAAGGCACUCAUGCUUCAUGUUUUGGAGGUCCUGGAUUCAAAUCUCAGCCCAUAUACUAUCCUGACUGAGGUUUUUGUGGUUUUCCUCAGUCUCAUUAGAGAAAAUCAGGCUAGUACAUGAAAUCAUUUCACAACCAGUUCUAUUCACAUCAUUAUCAAUUAACUGUUGUUUCAGCCAAUGCUACAUAGUCUAAGCUUCUGACAUCAGUAAGUAGUCCAUAAAUUAAUAAGAACUGCAUGGGGUGUUUUACUCUCAUAGGAAGAGAAUUGUGGCUUGUGGUAUAUGAAGAAUAUUGUCACAUGUUACAGUGACUCUCAAUGGGAUUUUGCAUUGGAUAUUGGAUUUAUUGACCACUUACAGGUCAUAACUACAAAUAACUAUAAAACUUACUAAUUUCCACACUCUACAAAUUACUAGAGCACACACAAAUCUUUUCCAGCCUGCAGUGUCUUCACUAGUAGUUGCCUGGUAGUGGCUCCAGCAAUGGCUAUUCCUCAACUUCCAUGCUCAAGUCCUCUCUGAAUGAUGGCUCCCUUCUGACUGAACUCAGUCUUCAGUUUGUCAGGACAAACCACCUUAGAAAACACCGCUUGCAACAGUAGCUCUAUUGUUUUGUGUUGAUUCAUUGCUGUGGAGAUGUUGCUCAAAUGGUUUCCAUGGGAACAUGUUGUUUGCGACGUGUGUUACCCAGUAAUGACUCUGAUAUAUUUGCUUAUCUCGCAGUCAUUGACUAGUAAAGGUUCUACAUGCUACAGUAUGUUGAGUUUCCUGGAUUUCAUUGUGUGGGGUUUUACUGUAGUAAAUUGUGCUCUGCUCUAGUAAGCAGAUUGUCAAGUGGAGUGUCAGUUGAUUGUCACCUUUUAAAUCUUUGACUUAAUCUCUUGCUUUAAAUUAUUAUUUUUUGACUAGUUUUAUGAAAUAUGAUUGUGCCUUUUAUACAGGAUGAUUGAUGCUCAUAAAAUUUUAUAUGUAUGAGGGAGAGUCAGUAAAUAGGUCACAAAUGGAUAUAAAAUGUAAAACGUGAUAUUCAAACCUUGAAAAAACAUGUAUUUCAUGACAUAUUCUCAACCAACAUUGAUACACUUAGCCAAUCGCUUUACCAGUUGUCAAAACCCACAGCAUAGAAGUCUUUUUUACUGUUGUCUCAGGCACUUCCACAUCUCCAUUUCAGCCUCUUCAUUGUCAGCAAAAUGUUUGCCACCAAUGUAGAUUUUUAGCGGACCAAAACGUGGAAGUCACUAGGUCCCAAGUCUGGGCUGUGAGGCAGAUGAUCAAGAAGUUCCCAUUAUAGUUCUAGAAUUCUCUCCUGGGUUGCUCGGGCUGUAUGGGGUAUGGCAUUGUCAUAUUGAAUCAGUGCCACUCUUGCCAGUUGGCCUGGAGAUUUUCUGCAAAUUGCAUCUCGAAGCUUCAACAGAACCUCACAGUACAAUGCAGAAUUCGCAUUUUCACUACGCUUCUGAAAAUGGGCUAACAUUACUUCCUGAGAAUCCCAAAACAUGGUAAGCAUAACCUUUCCAGCUGAUGGUGGCCGUAAACUUCGAGCUUUUUUGUUGAAGGUGAACUGCAAUUUUUUCAUUGCAUUGAAGCAUGUUUUGAUUUGGGUUGGUAGUGAUGCAUCCCUGAUUCUUCCCCAGUAACAAUCCUGGUAAGCAUAUGUUCUCCUUCAUCUGCAUGCCAUAGGAGAUGUGGCAAGGACAGACCCAUUCUGUUCAUUUUUUUCUCAUUCCUUCACUUCUCUGGGCACCCACCAUGGACACAUUCCCAAACUUCAAAUGAUCAUGCAUUAUGCUGUAUGCUAAACCAUGGGAACACCCUAGUGCAGUUGCUACAGUGUCUUGUCAUUAUUCUCCUGUCAGCUUGAAUCAACCCCUUAUCUUCGGCACCCACUGGACAGUUGCUUCUGUCUGGCUGGAGUUGAUGCACAGUAAAUAGUGUGUCAUAUAUUUGUAUUUCAAAAUUUUUGGAACAGUUUCAAGCCAUUUAUUAUAGUGUUUCUAAUGAGUUGUGUGACUUUUCAAUCACUCUGUCUUUAGCAAUUGUAGCUCAAUAGGUAUAGCAACAGACUACAGAUUAGAUUGUCAGGGUUUGGUUCCUAUCAGGAGCAAGAGAGUUUUCCCUUCUCUACAGUGUGAAGACUGCCUGUGAGGCCCACCCAGCCUCCUGUCCAACUGAUACUUACAGCUCUAUCCCUAGUGUAAAGCAGGUGAAGCAUGAAGCUGGCCACUCACCAGCAUCUAAUGCCAAGUUUAAGAAGAGUAUAACUGUAUCUCCACUCCUCCAUAUAUUUUCAUUAGAGGGAACUUAGUUAACCACAGGGACAAGUUUACCUUUAGCUUUAUACAUAUUAAAGCUCUGGAUAGGCACCAAUAGCUGGCUGUGGUUAUGAAUCUUAGGUUCCAUCAAAUCUGGAGAAUGCCUUGGCUAUAAACAAACUAUUAGGAUUUUAUUCCAUGGAAUUAGCGACAUUGAGGUCACUGAAAGAAGGUCCAUAAAUCAACAGUCCCCAUGUCUCUGUUGUGUUGUUAUGCUUUCCCGCGUUCCCUCUCCAGUUAUCUAACCAUUUUGUUUGCAGGAAUAUUGAUAGUGAUAACCAGAUGAUAACCUUCAUUACUGACAACCAUUUGGGCUGAUUUAUUAGGGCAGUAGAAACCAGAGAGAAAUGUAACAGCAGAAAGGGUGAAGCCUUGAAUACCGUCAUACCUGCCAUUUAUGGAACAUCCUUCUUUGGCCUCACUUCAACCAUGUCAAAAUCAAAUCUGUUACAUGCAAUAGUUCAAAAAAAAAAAAAAAGCUAUUCCUGUAACAGGCCGUGAA